UGGCUUCUUGGUAUCUUGAAAGGGGGUGCUCAGCAGGAGAAAGCCGCUCUGCAUUCCUGGGCAGCCGUCCUAUUUACAGACUGUUGUGGCUCCCUGGCAGCUGCCACAGUCCCCGAGGCCAGAGGCAGUUCCUUGAGGCCUCCAGCUGCUGUUUCGGUCAUGUGUUUUGGGCCCUUUUCCUUAGAGAUCCUGGCCGGGCCAACACAGGUUUCUUAUCAGCUUCCACACUGCGGAGCCGCAGCUCUCAGAGAUCAGCAAGGUUUCCUGCCGGGAGAAAAGGAUUUGAAGCAUUCCAGCCACAAUGACGGACAGGAGCCCCUUCGAAACUGACAUGCUCACCCUGACCCGCUAUGUAAUGGAAAAGGGGCGUCAGGCCAAAGGGACGGGGGAGCUCACCCAGCUGCUGAACUCCAUGCUGACGGCCAUCAAAGCCAUCUCCUCGGCCGUGCGCAAGGCUGGCCUGGCCCACCUGUUUGGAAUCGCAGGAAGCGUGAACGUGACGGGAGACGAGGUGAAGAAACUGGACGUGCUAUCCAAUUCCCUGGUGAUCAACAUGCUCCAGUCCUCCUACAGCACCUGCGUCUUGGUCUCAGAAGAGAAUAAGGACGCCAUCAUCACCACCAAGGAGAAGAGGGGGAAAUACGUGGUCUGCUUUGACCCACUGGAUGGAUCUUCCAAUAUUGACUGCCUGGCGUCCAUCGGAACCAUCUUUGCCAUCUACAGAAAGACCUCGGAGGAUGAGCCUUCUGAAAAGGAUGCCCUGCAGCCUGGCCGCAAUAUUGUGGCUGCAGGUUACGCGCUGUAUGGUAGCGCAACCCUGGUGGCUCUUUCCACGGGGCAAGGUGUGGACCUCUUCAUGCUUGACCCGGCUCUUGGUGAAUUUAUCCUGGUGGAAAAAGACGUGAAGAUUAAGAAGAAAGGAAAGAUUUACAGCCUGAAUGAGGGCUAUGCCAAGUAUUUUGAUGCGGCCACCACUGCGUAUUUGCAGAAAAAGAAAUUCCCCGAGGAUGGCAGUGCUCCCUAUGGGGCCAGGUAUGUGGGCUCCAUGGUGGCCGACGUGCACCGCACCCUGGUCUAUGGAGGAAUCUUCAUGUACCCAGCCAACCAGAAGAGCCCUAAGGGCAAGCUCCGGCUCCUGUAUGAAUGCAAUCCUGUGGCUUACAUCAUUGAGCAGGCAGGAGGCUUGGCGACCACAGGGACCCAGCCAGUACUGGACAUACAGCCCGAGGCAAUUCACCAGCGAGUCCCCCUCAUUCUGGGGUCCCCAGAGGAUGUACAGGAAUAUCUGACCUGCAUGCAGAAAACCCAGGCAUGCAGCUAGCGGGUUUGACCCCACACACUCUCUUGUCUAAAUACCCUAAAGGAGUGAUUAAACAGAGAUGGUAGCGAUGAGAAUCAAAGGGCAAAUCCACCUAAUAACAUACAGGAGAGCAACAACAAACUGCUUAUGAAGAUUUGGAAGCCACAGGCAAUUCUGUGGCCCAUGUGAAGGGCUAGAAAUAAAAACCCACAUGUGGAAAGAG